AUGCGCACUUUCUUCGUUGUUGUCGGGCUCCUCGAAGCCGCGGUCGCUUUUGUUAAUGCAGCGCCCUCCGGCCACGAGGCAUUCGUCAACGUCAGCGCCAACAUCGCCGCGGCUAUGGACACUACCGCGCCGAAAAAAAUCACGGUUGAGAUGCCCACUUCGCUUCUCGCCGACCUCCACGGUAUUAACAUGACGGAAACCUUCACGACCGCCAUCGUCAUGGCCGACGCUUCCGACAAGUUAAAGUUCAACUACCUUGUCGCGAACAUCGAGGAGCCCGGCGUGCUCACGCAGGCCGGGAGCGUCAAGUGCGAGACGUCUUCCGCGUCCCCGACCUUCGAGGAGAUCCAGGGCUGCGCCGCCAAGCUCGAGGCGAGGAAAAAGACCUGCAUGCAGAGCAACCGCUACGGCUCCCGCUGCACUAGGCUCGAGCACUACAAGGGCGGCGACGUCUCUUUGUGUGGCGAGCACAAGGCAAUGGUUCACUGCCAUGACCUCUCUUGGGUUGUCAAGGAGAUCAUGUUCCGGUGCGCCAACUACGACUUCCAUAGGGCCGGCGGCACCUAUGCGUUCGCUGGAAAUGCCCCCCUGAAGGGUGUCGUCCAUUAG